UUGUAGCUGACAGAGUCGCUAGGAGAAGCUAGUUAGCUGCAUUAACAUCGUUUACAGCUUACACAAGCAGUCUGAGAACAUUAAAUAUAAACAUAUGAUUAGUUUACAAACAGGUAUAACCGUCUUAGUAACAGAAUGGAGAUGUAUCACGACCAGAUUUUAGACUCACCCUCCAAAAACAGUUACAUUGGGAGCUAUUACCAGCCUCCAGACAGGAUAAUACCAAUACCAAGACAGCUUGAGUUCUUUGCGCCUGCAUCCAUCAACACCGAUCCAAAGAUCAACAGCCUCCGGGAGUCUCAGGCCAAACCUAAUAUUGACAGCAAAGCUGUUGUUGAUGCACUGAAGACCCUCCAGGAGAAAAUUAGGCGAUUGGAGCUGGAAAGAAAGCAAGCAGAGAAGAGCUUCCAGCAGUUCUCCCAUGAUAUUCAGAAGCAUCAGCAGGUCACAGCAUCUAACGUGAUGCCCAGUCAAUCAGCAGCCAGCCUGCCUGAGACCAAUAACUCUAGCAGGGAAGAGCUGGACUCAAAGCUGCAGUCUGCAGAGGCUCGCUGUAAGGUUCUUGAGAAGCAGCUGGACUACAUGAGGAAGAUGGUUGAAAAUGCCAAGAAGGAGAGGAAUGCUCUCAUGGAGAAUCAGGCUUCACUGCAGAACGAGCAGCCAAGCAGCUCAAACACCCAAAUUCAGCGGGAGAAGCUGGACAAACUUGAAUCAGAUUGUCUCAAAUUGAGUAGAACCCAAACUGUGGCAGAGAUGAAGCUUGCUAUUCUGGAGCAAAAACUAGUGAAAGAAGAGUAUGAACGGAAACUUGUGCAGGAGAAAGCAGAUGAGCUGCAGAGGGAGCUGGACAUCAACCUUCAAUUGUCUAUGCAAACUGCUGAAGAGAUAAAGCCAAAGAAGAAAACAAAAAAGACCAGCAAGAAAACAUCCAAAAAGAAUGAGCUGGCAUCAGCAAGCAGCCCAAGACACAUAAAAAUGCCCUUUGUCGCAGGAACGUCGAUAAGCCCGAGCCACUCAGUCCACGCCAACGUGCAAAGUAUCCUUCACAUGAUGAAGCACCACCAGCCCCAGCUAUGUGAACGAGUGAGUUCUCUGCACAGGCCUGGCUGUGGAGCCAAGAAGAGCCUCCAAAAGGACUUUUCUCCAUCUUCCACUGCUUUUAAGAAGCCUGACAACCUACCUGAGCAAGUAGACCGGUCACUGAGCUCCCUGUCAGACCUGCUCUUGGCUCUGCAGGACGAGCUGGGACAGAUGAGCUUUGAGCAUCAGGAGUUGGUGCGUCAGAUCGAUGCAGCCCCACAUCGGGAGCAGAAGCAGGACCUGCAGAGAGAACUGGAGAGGCUGGUGGCCAGGAUGGAAGAGAAGGGAGUUCAUAUCACUAAGCUCCGCAAACACCAGCAGACAGUCCAUAAAUUGACGCAGAGUCAGCCAGGUGCUGAGGAAGACACAACCAAGAAGUUGAGUGGGAUCAAGCCACCUGUCCCUUCUCUUGUUAAGGCCAAGCAGAAGGGAAGGAAAGGUGGGACCACUCACAAUAACCUGCAGCUUCUCCGGGAGACUCAGAAGUUCAGAAACAGCCUCAAACAAGACGAUCUCUCCUGGGAAACAUGAGGUUCUCUGCAAGACCAUUCUGUGCGCAGGCUUUGAUCUGACAGCUGGAUGAGCCACAAGACUCCGCUUGGUUCCUUUCAGUUUGUUUUUCCCUCUCUUUAAACAGCCUUUGGGCCAUUUUUAGUAACAAAUGAAAAGAGGGAAUAAAGUGUUUUACACAGACCGUGAUAAUGUGUUGAUCAUAAAACCUGUUAAGCAAUGGGUGAUGGAUUUAAAUGAAAUGUUGCACAUACAGGGUCCUUCAUAGGCAGACGAUAGAUAAACUAUGACUUAAACCAGUCCAAAAAAUUAUGUGACUUAAGUGUGUUUCAUGAAGUAUGUCUCCUCUCAAAUGAAG